CGUUAAAACAAGUGUACAGAACUCCCGACAAAUAAGCUGAAAUCCUGAACGAAAAUGACUUUUAAGGUAUUGGCCAUCUUGGUUCUAGUCGCAUAUGCGAGUGGUGGCAUACUCAGUACACCUUAUGAUUAUAACACCCAUGAUCAUCAAGUAUACCAAAUCUCCCCUGUCCAUCAUGUCGCACCCAUUGCCCAUAAUGUACUUUCAAAACCCAUUGAAGAAUACGAUCACCAUCCUCAGUAUAAAUUCGUGUACGGUGUUGAUGAUAAAAUUACCGGUGAUUCCAAAAGUCAUUAUGAAGAACGUAAUGGUGAUGUUGUUCAUGGCGCAUACUCUCUAAUUGAUCCCGAUGGUUAUAAACGUACUGUCACAUAUACAGCUGAUGCUAUACAUGGUUUUAAUGCAGUGGUACAUCGUGAACCAUUGGCAAAUAUCUUUCACCAGCACUCUGCUCCUCGUUAUAAUCACUAUACUGAUUCUAUUUCUCAUUAUCAUUAGAUAGGUAAUGCGGAACAUUAAGAUCAUUUGAAGUGAAUAUGGCAA